UCAAAAGGACAGCUUCCGGGUUAGGAUGGUUACUUGCUCUACAUUGCCUCUCUGCCUGAAAGCGUGAUGUUCGUUUCUAAGGUUGAGUGAGAUGCCCCUUGUAAUUUUUUGCGGCUUUCCCUGUAGCGGAAAGAGCCGCAGAUCGGAAGAGUUAAAAGAGUAUUUAACUGAGAAGACAGGUAGGAGAGUCUUUGUGCUCGGAGACGAGACGGCAGGAAUUGACAAGAACUCAGUGUAUUCAGAUUCACAGAAAGAAAAGAGUUUAAGAGGAGUUUUAAAGUCUGAAGUGGAGAGGAAGAUUAACAAAGAUGAUGUUGUGAUUCUGGAUUCACUAAAUUAUAUAAAAGGCAUAAACUAUAAAAUUUAUUGUCUUCUGCAACAUCCCCAAUCUCUCCAUUGUCUUGUAUAUUGUUUGACAUCUGCAGAUAUUAGCUCUACAUGGAACAGUAUCAGAGAAAAAGAAAAACAAUAUAAACAAGAAAUAUUAGAUUCUCUUAUUAUGAGAUUUGAAUCACCAGAUUCAAGGAAUAGAUGGGACAGUCCUCUUUUUACAGUACAGAAGGAUGACAUACUUCCUUUUGAAGAAAUUUGUGAUGCGAUAUUUAGCAGAAAAGCCCCACCACCUAAUCAGUCUACCCAAAGUCAACCACUUUCAUCUACAAACUUUCUGUAUGAAUUAGACAAGGUUACACAAGAUAUUCUUAUGGAAGUGGUCAAUGCCCAGAAAACAAGUGUGCCUGGAGAUUUGAUAGCCAUACCAGGAUCCUCUGAAAAAAUAAUGCUAACCAGAAAUCUUAACAUGGCAGAGCUACGGAAACUUCGAAGGCAGUUCAUCAGCUAUACGAAGAUGCAUCCAACUGAAAAUAUUGGACAGAUUGCAAAUAUGUUUGUACAAUACUUAAAUAAGAGUAUACACUAAAAACAGCGUGUGUGUUUAAAGGAAUUCUAACCUCUGGUUUUAUCAUGUAUUCAGUGUUUUAUCUGUUUAAAAACAGACUGGCGAAUGGACAUUCUGUUCUCAAACAUAUUGUUUUAAAACAUCUUGUUUAAAAUAAUAAUAAAUAUCAUUUUCUUUUUGUAUCAGUAUAUUUUAGGAAUUAAUGUUCUUGAACAUCUUUGCUUAUAAUGCAUUUUCAGAAAGCAUUAAUGCUCUUCAUAAGACUCAAAGCUGCCACUGUAAUUGUUUUUGCUUUUGAUGAAUGGGAAGAAGAUGGUGACUCUCAUGUUUCUAAGGUGCAAAAAUUAUUUUAAUUUAUAUUUUUAAUAUAUAUUUUUCUUCACUGUAGCUUGAUUAAUUUAUACAAAAAAACUUAUUAAAAAUUGCAUUUUUGAGGCACAAAUUCCUUAAAUCAAUUUCAAAGCCAUCACAGCAACCAUGCUUUUCAAUUUAAAUGGAAAUGUCAUUUAUAAUGACAAAAGUUAUUUGUUGAAUUUUUAUGUUUAUUUUAUAGUAAUCCCAAGGGAGAAAAAGAAACCAUGUUAGACAAAUAAUAAUAUAUGUAUGUCAUUUCACACUCUUCAAAGAAAAUAAGCGAUUUUAAUCAUUUAGCAGCUAUUUCACAUAAUGUAGGCACAUAUGCAUUAGUAUACACAUCUGGUGCCAUUAACAGAUCAAAAAGUGUGUUCCAGGUUUGUUGUUCACUCUGUAAAACUUAAAAAAAA